CAGACCGGCGCAUUGCAGGUAGCCUGUACAUUGAGUGGCGUAUAUAAAAGGAGCUGCCAAAAUAGUCCACAAAACCUCUGCAAUAAUGUCGAAGUCCCCUUAUCCUUCUGGGUCCAACCUCAAGGCCCCUAAGGACUGCAGAAUUAUGAGGAGGAUCAUUGCUGAAGAUCUAGACUGGUCCCUGGUUAUAGUGCCUUGUCUAUCAAACCUCUGCCUGCAAAGCAUUGUGAGAAACUUUGAGGAAAAGCCUAUAUUUGAAGAACUUAAACCCAUCCAUAGAGACUUCAUUCAGGAGAAAUUAUCUGUUUCCCUGCCUCUGCGUGUGACAGCCAAAUUGAUCAGUGAUGGCGUCUACUGGAAGAGGUGCUGUGAGCAACGGUGGGACCUUUGUGAUGUCUCACAUUAUGGCCAUAGCUGGAAGCGAAUGUUCUUUGAGAGGCACAUGGAGAGCAUUAUUGAGCUUUUUAUUCCAGAUGUCACAGAGCCAAAGACAGUUCUAGAGAUUGUCCCACUCUGUAAAGACUACGUCAAGAGGUUGGAUAUCUCCCAGCUGUUGCCGCCUAUAAAGGAGCCCCAGAAUGAGGAAGAGGAGUAUGGCUCAGAGUUGGCAAGCAACACUGAGUAUGAUGAACCCUUGAACCACUUUAACUUUAGCAUCCUGCUUGACAAGCUGACAAGUCUGGAGGAGCUCCAUUUGGUGUACAGGGUCAAACAAUGUGGUAUGAACUUUGAAUGGAAGAUGUUUGAGAUGACUGACCGAGAUUGUGAAUCCCUCGCCAAGGCCCUUAAGUCCUGUAAAACUUUGAAGCUUCUGAGGCUCCAUGAAAGCCACAUUGAGGAUAAAAAGUGCAGACUGCUGGUGAAACACCUUUUGGACCACCCAUCCCUCAGGGAGCUUGACUUCUCUCACAACCUGAUCGGAGACAGAGGAGCCAGAGCUAUCGGCAAGCUGCUCACCAGGAGUAAACUGGAGAUCCUGAACAUGUGUGACAAUGAUAUAAGAGACCCAGGGGCGAAAGCAAUAGCUCAUGGCUUGUCCAAGAACUCCACUCUUUUGUCCCUCAACCUGCGUCUCAACCGUCUGACAGAUGAGGGAGGCCAGGCCAUAGGUAAGGCCUUGCUGAACAACAACACCCUCCGUCACCUGCACCUGGGAGCCAAUGAGGUGACAGGGCUGACUGCCAUCGCUCUGUCUAAAGUGCUAGAUGAGAAUCAAACCCUGAAAAGCCUCAAUCUUUCCUGCAACAGCCUGGGUGAGGAUGGAGGUAAAGCUCUGGAGAAGGCGAUGUCUCACAACACCAUCGUCACAGAAUGUGACAUCCGCCUGACCGAGGUUGAUGAGCACAUCGUUUCCUUCAUUAACCAGGUGGCUUGGACCAACCAGAGUUUAGAACAAAAGAAACAAGCUAAAGGGAAGAAAACCAAGUAGACAUCAACAGCUACUCUUUGUAAUACAAACCAGUCUUUAUUAGUCAUUGAUCCCUGACCUGUGUAUUCAUUCAAAAGCACUGUAUGCCAAAGUUCAUAGAUAAAUUUAACCAAAUUUAAUCUAAAACUCAAAAAAUAUAAGAUCUUUCUUCUAUUUAGAUUCUGGUAUCUAGUUUGUUCUGAGCACCACAGACUGGUUAGGGAUGUCAGAAAAGUAUUGAGAGAUUGAGACACAGACCGACAUAUUGGUUUUGGUCUUUUAAUGGGAUUUGCUGAGUAAAAAUCAUAUAUAAUAUUGACAAAUUUAUCCUUUAAAAACAUUUUUAUUUUCAGGUGUUUAGUGGAGCAUAACUCGAAACAAAACGUGAAACGGUCAUUAUAUAUAUUAACAUUAACAUAUUAAGACAUAGACCCUUAAUUAAGCCAGUUUGCAAAAUGUGUAGCAUCACAGUAAUCUUUGUAAGUAAUUUCUGACACAUAUUUUAGUGAGCAUUUCAAUUUAUUGAGGAGCUUUUUUUGUCAUUUUGAUACACAGAUUUGGUAUUCAGUCAUUAUGUAACAUCAAGGCAACGUUGUGGUGGUGUUGGAAUACAUACAGUCUUGCGUUGUUUUUUAUUUUUACCUAUAUCUACUGGUUAAUAGUGUAACACCUUUGCUAGGCACCAAAAAAAAAAAUUUAAGUGUAAUUAAUGUCACAAUGUUUUCCCAAUUCUUGACCUUUCAAAGAUCACUAGUUCUGUAGAAUCAUAAGAAGAGAAGCAAAGCUAUUCUGUAGGUUCAUGGUGGACUAAUUCAGCAAAAAAUACAAACACCAGUCUAUGAUUACUGAUAGUCUUUAGAUCAGCAACCUUCAACAAUCAUUCAACCUUCCCUUAAAAAUAUGUGUGCCAUAUGUGUUUAUGCUUGCAUGUGUGUGUGCAUUUUUUGUUAAAUAAAGGUGUAUCAAAUAUAAUUUAAAAAAUGUAAAAAUGGGUUUGAAAUUAAACAAAAAUCAUUCAGACAGAUCAAUUUAAAGCAGCACAAAGAUGCUAUUGGCUGCGUUGCCUGUAGCAUUUUAAAAGGGAUUGCAUUGCCAUUUGUAACUUAACAAACUCACCCUCUCACAUCUGCACAUCAAAAAUGUCCCUGCUCCGGUUACCUCUAAGUGUGUGUGACACAUUCAUCUAAGCACAAGAUCCACAUCGACAGUCAUUCUAACCGCUUGUCUCUAUUUUAUUUACAGUACAAAGCCUUUCCGUCCUACAGUCUUGAAAAUCCACAAAAUUAUUUAAAUAUAAAAAAGAGCCCCAGAGCAUUCUUGAGUGAAAGAGUACAUAUCAUAACCUAACCUACUUAAUAAACAUGAUAAAGGGUUCAGUGCUUUGCAUGACAAAAGCGUUUAUGCUAACAGUCAUCUAUGGAGGAAAAAUGUCAUUAUGAAACUUCCAGUCAGAUUUAUAACCAUUGUCAAUACCCCAGAUAGUUUUUUGUGACUAUUGUUACGUAAACAUUGCACUGGUAAACACAUUUUUCUGUUCUGUAUGAAUAUCACAGUGAAGCCAUCCGAAAGGCUUGUUGGCUAAUCAUGAAUGAGAAUAUGUGGUGACUUCAGUAUGAAACAUUUGCCCUUCAACCUUCGCCUCCUACAAGUGGGAUAGUAAAUCGACAUUUCAGGACAUUUCAAUCCCUGGUGGAGUUUGCAUGCUCUUUGUUUGCUGUUUGUCAUGUCCUCUGGGCUUUACUAUACAAGGACAUGCAAGUCCUCCUGAUUUUCAGCCUUCUGCCCAAUGCAUGCUGGGAUAUGAUGAACCCUUCAUGACUCUGGCUAAAGAAACUGAAUGAAUUAAUGAAUGAAUUUCAGUCCAUGUCUCAUUGGUUUCCUGCUAGCUAAAAAAAAUGUUGGCAUGUUGGCCAAAAAAGGCUGCGUAGUGUAUCUCCUAUAAACCAUUUAGUUUUACAUUUCUUAUUUGCUUUCUUGAUAAAUUAGAUGUCAAGAUUGAGACCACUUUUAGGUCUGCCCAUUAAAUAUGAGCUAGAGCCAGCAGCCAGUUAGCUUAGCCUGUUUCCCUGUUUCUGGUCUUUAUGCUAAGAUAAACCAAACUGUCGAAUGAUUUAAUAACAGUAAAGAGAUCUCAAUGUACACAGUAAGUGCUACGAACUCCAGGACCUGGAGCAGGUUGCACCUGCUGUUUGUAAGUUCAGAUUUGGCUAUGUUUAUUCAUCAUGCAAGUAUUCACUAAAUGGAGAUUUACGUUUCACUCAUUUAAAAUGGAUUGCACUAUAUCAAGUAGUUCUUAUGUACAAAUUCACUGUAAAGUACAUUAAUACUACUAAGCUUGAAACUCAUAUUUCUCCAUAAUGUUUGAAUCAAUAAUUACCAGCUUCUACUUGAACUUAAUUUUAAUACAUAAACUGACACCCUAAAACAUUUGGAAGUUAUUUUAUAGCUCAUGAUGCUUCAGUGACUUGACAACUAAGACAGUCCUUACGUUUUAAUGGUGCAACCCGAUUUAGUAAAUCAUUAAUUUGAGACUAACUGGUAGUUACUAAGAGCACACAAACUAAGUGAUGAAAGUACAAAUGGCUGGUGCAACCAAAGUCCUGGAAGAACCCGAGGAACAAAUCUCUAACAAUCUCCUGUUCCUGGAAUGAGAACAUUAGUAAAGUUAUGACAGGUUGGUUCUGUGUUUACAAACCCCUUCGACAGAGUUAUUACACAGCUGAUCCUUGCAGCUGAUCCUUGCAAACACCAGAUCAAACUGAAAUGUCUGCAUAGCUGCGUAAACCUAAAGUUGAGAAAAAGAAACAAUGACCAAGUUGUGGGAUGUUGUUGCAAGCAGAAUCCUUGCCCUUAAUACGAUCCUGAGUUUUAGGGGCUUGCAUAGAUGACCUGUGAGUUGCGGAAACAGGUUAAAACAGUUUACAGACUGUUUUUCUUUGAAACUCAUUUGUUGAAUGAAAUGGGAGGUUUGAUAGAAUCUAUAUAUUUUUUCAUGUCUCACUUCCUUUGACUAUUUUCAGUGCAUUUGCUAGUAUUGCUAUAAAGAUAGUCCACAACUCCAAACCUACCACCACACAUGGAAUGUAAUGAGUAUGGCUAGUUGGUCACAAUUUACAGUACAAGCCCAUUAUUGUGAAGACAAGUCGUAACAGGAAGAAACACAAAAUGUCUGACCACAGGAAAGAUUCACACUAUUCUUAGAAAUUCAAUGAUUCGGAUGGUCCUAAUGGCAGAAAAUGCUCUGCCAACAAUCCAUGCCAGGUCAGCUUUCAGUGCGGGUCUUAUGAGAUGAUGACUGGCUCGUAAAUAAACACUUCUGUUUUCUUGAAUGAGCUCUGUGCUUAUUUUCAUCCAUUAAAGUAGAACUAAACAACCAUUUAUAAAUGUUGAGGAGUAAUGGAGGAAAUAAAGCACACUUUGAAUGAUGAGUUGUUUUUCACUGGGCUGAGUUGUUGCAUUUUUGAAGCUAAUUCCUACCAAUACCUCUUUCAAAAAGUUCUAGCAUGAAUGAUUUUUAGCUCUCUUUAAACAUUUAUUUUUGUGCAUGGCUUGGCUGUAAAACAAAAUUCACCAUGACUAAGAAACUACAUGCACUCAGUUGAGAGGAAGUAUUUUUUUAGUUCUUUAAAGUAAUCCUGUUAUAUUAUUAAAUCUGACACUAUCAGUAGUGAAUCCAGGCCUCUGCCUAUUUCUAGCGUCUUUGAUGGCCAGCUCUCUGGCUGUCUCUCUGAUAUGCAUCAGCAGCAGCAUCAGUAGCAGCACAGAGCUGGCUAUAUAAGAGCUGUGUUACAUUAUGAACAAAAUCAUCUGCAGAAUAUUUAGGGUCUGAUUCUUAGGACGUUUUGUAUCUUAACUACAGUAAUAACAUCAGGUAAUACAACAUGUUUCUCCUGUACAUUGUACACCAUGUUCUAUUAUGAGUGUAAAUUUCACUUGUUUAAAUAGGAUGAUGAAGAGAUGAGAUGAUUUAAGUUAUGGUAGCUUAUGCCUGUCAGUAA